GAAUGGGGGAUACGGUUAUACUAAGAAAUGUUCAUACUUUAAUUUCUCAUUUUUAAUGUUACUAAACUUUAGUUGUUCGUUUUGAAAGCGUUAACUGAAGGAGGACGGAGAACUGAGUCUGUAAUUUAUUUUCGCCGGCUUCAUGCCCCACCAGGAAGAGCGUUAUAUCUGACGUAAUCGAUGUCGUCCUCUUGAGUGAAAGUCAUUGGGUUGACCGGCUUGGUGCUUUCAGUAUUUCCUGCUGCCAUCUAAUUCGUUACAAAAGAGCACUUGUUAUAUGUAGCUAGCUAGCUAAUUAAAACGGCCACUUUACAGACUAGUUACAUAAUAAAACUAAAGUUGUCUACAUGUAUGUUAGCUACCUGGCUACUUAAUUUUGCUAUUAUGGGUGUUGAGUCUCUUGUCAGUUAGCUAGGUUCGCUAACGCUUGCUAACUAAGUAGCUAAGCUAACUAUAGCGUGUUCAAAUCAGCUUCAGUUAACUUCUAACAUAUGAUUUUUGCAACGGCCACUGCCAGUAUUAACACUGAAACGUAUUCAUGAUACCACGAAGUUUACUAUUUGGGAGAGGUCUUGCUCUCAGUCAUGCAUUCUCUAAUCAGAACGCAUCUACUGUUCAUCAGCAACUUUCUAUGACCGCAUGGAAUUUGCGCUCAUCACUCCGGAAUAUUCGUACUUUGUCGCUGAUGUCGCUGUGGCCCUUCAAUGUUAAACCGCGUGACUUCAGUCUGCCUAAUGCGUCAUGGCGUCCAGAGAUGUCGAAAGCGUACGAAUAUUAUAAUGCCCUGUGUGAGAUUGAAGGAGAUGAGAAAAGGAGACUUUGGCGGAAGUUGCCGAGCUACAACCGUGUCCUCAAAUAUACUACAGGGGGAGUGUACCUCAGUAAAAUAAUCCAGUCUAAAGCUCGACUCUUCACAAGAAACAUAAAGGAGCCCGGAGCAGCAUUUGAGUAUGUGGUUUUUAUGAACAAGCAAGAGAAGCGCUGUGUGUGUGUGUUCCAGGCUGGACAUCUACUGGAGGGACCUCCUGGGCAUGUGCAUGGGGGAGCAGUAGCUACCAUGAUCGAUUCUGUAAUGGGCACUCUUGCUGGUUACAUGUCUGGGCCUGUUAUGACUGCCAACCUCAACAUCAACUAUCGCAGUCCAAUUCCAUUGGGUAGUGUAGUCCUGCUGCAUAGUGCUCUGGAUCGGGUGGAGGGCAGAAAAUUUUUUGUAACCUGUAGAGUUACAAGCACUGAUGAAUCCAAGCUACACACAGAGGCUACAGCUUUAUUUGUGUCAGUUAAUGUGGGCCAUUUAUUUGGAACAAGGUUUUAAACAUACCAGCAUCCAGCAUAAGUGUGUGUGAAAGUGGUGGGGAGGGGCAGAUAGUGGUGCAAGUGCUUAACCCCUGAAAUCUGUCAUGCCACACCAGGCUUCCUCUGAAAUGCCCUGAUAAUGUUAUCAUAACCCAAUUUACUUGAACAUCUUUAAACGAAUUCGUUUUGUAAUUAUUAUUAACUCUAUUUAUUGACAUUUUAUUGAUGCUCUAUUUUGUUAACUGUUUAUUUGUUGAUGUUUACCAGAUUAGUAUUUAUCCUAAAACUGUUUUUCCAGCCUUCAAUUGUGUAAAGGUUUCUGGACAUGCCAUAUGUAUUAGGAAUAACAACUGAUGUAAUAUUGAUUGUAAUUAUAUUGUAUUCAGUAAAAACAAUAAAAUAUAAUUACAUUUG